AUGUGGACUCGGGCUAGUGCACUGCUGCUCCUCGCCUGCUGCCUCUGGGCAGCAAUGAGUGUCUGGGAGGACCCCAUCCAGUUCAACAACAAAGCAAAGGACUUGUGCACCAUGAGCGUCACCGGCCAGGGAGAUGUCACCAGGCUGAGGAUAUCCUGCCAGGGUGCAGAGAGAACCUACUGGUGCGAGUACACGGGCAAGCCCCAGAUGUGCCGUGCCUACAACAACAACCCUCGCCAUUAUUUCACCCAGAUCAUGUGGGACCUGAGGAAACUCCAGAACGCCUGCCAGGCACCCAAGGCUAUCAAGCCUCAGAUGUGCAAGAGGGCACCGGAAGACGCCCAGAUGUUCUUCUCCGCUUCCUCCACGCCAGAGGCAGCAUCAGCAGCCACCCCCCAAAAGCCGGAGAAAACCCAAGAGUCAACCCAGGCGAAACCAGAGACCCCCAAGACACCGAUCGUCAAGCAGGCUAAGCCAGCCGCAACCAAGCCUGAGCAGCCAAGACCUGAGCCAGCAAAACCAGAAGCAAGACCAGCACCUACAAAGCCAGUGCAAUCCAGACCUGUGCAGGCAAAACCAGAGCAGGCAAGACCAGCAGCUGCAAAACCAGCAGGAGCAAAACCCACAGGAGCAAAACCAGCAGUGAACAAGACAGCAGUACUGAAAAAGCUUCUGACACCCAAACCAACCACUCCAAAACCAACCAAGCCCACUGUCAAGAGCAAUGCCAAAAAGAUUGCACAAGAGUAUUGUUGGCAGUCACUUCAAGGCAUCUGUUCCUAUGUCAUUGGUUGGUUUCAGAACUAA